AUCGGAUUUUCUACUGACAAAAUACGCCAACAUAAUACACACACACAAUCACCAUGACAUCAUUCCUAUCUAAAGAUUCACUAUUCUUAAAACUUCCCACAUCGGAGCUCGCCAAAGAGCCUACAUUGCUUGAUCUAUACACCAAUCUCCAAUCAUCAACUCACAAUUAUGAUUCAUUGAUAACCAAAACAUACUACUUGAUCAAAUCCCCCAGUCUCUCCCAAUCCCAAAUCAUAAAACUAUGGCUGAUCAGAUUAACCUUACAUCUAUUCAACAAUCAAUUGAACUAUGCCAAGAAAGAAGCCAUAAAGUUGAACAAUGCAUUAUAUUUACAGGAAACUACAUCAAACCCUGAUCCCCCAUCGAGAACCAGUUCAUUGACGAGUACUAGUCUGAGUCCUAUGACGCCAAUAUACCCGUUACCUAAAAGUAUUCUUGACUUUAAGUUGCUUGUCCUCUUGCUUAGGUUAAAAUCCAUUCCUAAUAUGAAUUUAGUUAAUGAAUUGUAUAAAUUAAACUAUCAAUUGAGAAUUAAAGGUGUAAAUGAACUAAGUGAGAAGUUGAAUAACUUAAGUUUUGAUGUUAUUGUCGUGCUAAUACUUACAAAGAAUUAUCUUACUUUGCAAUCUAUGUUGAUUAAUCUACACUCCCAAUUGAGUGAACUGGGUGAUGUGAACUAUAACAAGUACAAGUCACAAGUGCUAUUGUUAUUGAUCAUUAUAGAUUCCAGAAUAUACACAAAUAAAGCGUUUGUUGAGGCAGAGUAUAGCGACAAGUUUUCUGAAAUAGAUCAAGAUACAAAGAAUGCAUUAGUGCAUGCAAGCACCAAGAUAUCUCAAAGUGAAAUAGCGCCAGAAUUCACACUUACAGAUCUUAUAAAAGUAGACAUAACAGAUAGAGUGAUUUAUUCAAUAUUGGCAAUAUGGGACCUAUCCAAUAUUUUUCCAUUCAAAUUAACAAACAACGAUAAUAUUAUCGAAUUCAGCUAUCAAGAGCUAGAACAAGAACAAAAGGAAGAGGAUCCUGAUGAUUUAUCAAGCGAUUGGUUAGUUGAUUUGGCAUAUGAUGAAUUGAACAAACAUUGGGGGGAUAAUAUUACAAAGCUAUAUGCUUUAGAAUAGUAACCAUGUAUAUAACUAAUAGAAAACCCUGAUAUU